AUGGCCGACCAAAACCCCGGCUCAUCAGUAACGACGCAAACCAACCCCCGCGGGAUCCCCGUCGCCCCCUUCGUCGACAAUGUCGGCGACUACGUAUCGACCCGCGCCGACGUCGAAGCCACACUCCGGUCGUUCCAAGAGAUGAUCUCGAAAUACCAGUUCAUGGAAGUCAACACGCAACGACGAGGCGCCGGCCUGCGUGAAAAGAUUCCGGAUAUCCGCAAGACACUGGAGAUGGUCAAGUUCCUGAAGAUGCGCCGGGACGCGCAGUCGGGACCGCUGGAGACCAACUUCGAGCUGAACGACACGCUCUAUGCGCGCGCCUCCGUCUCCCCCGAGGACUCGGAGGAGGUGUAUCUCUGGCUCGGGGCCAAUGUGAUGCUGUCGUACCCCAUUGCCGAGGCAGAGACCAUGCUGCAGGAUAAGCUGGUGGCGGCGGAGAAGAGCCUGGCGUUUUGUGAGGAGGAUUUGGAGUUCCUGAGGGAGCAGAUCACGACAUUGGAGGUGGCAACUGCUCGUGUCUACAACUGGGAUGUGGUACAGCGGCGGAAAGAGAAGGCCGAAGGGAAGGGAGAUGAUGAGAACGAGAAUGGCCGCCCUGGUGGUUAA